GAACGGGCCUCACCGAUAUUUGACGAGCUCUGAUUAUCAUUUAUUAAUUGUUUGCAAUUUCAUGUUUUGAUAACCAUUGAGCAUCAAAUUGUUUAUUUUUUUUGUGGAAAUGGCUUCUAGCUUUAAAAAGAAAAGUAACCGUGGUCGAAUCAGCAAUGUCCGUGGAACGAAAAUUUCGCUGCACAAUAAUCAAUUAUUGAUUUCAACUGGAGUUCCCUCGCUUGAUUCUUUAUUAGGUGGUGGUCUUGCUGUUGGAACUGUUUUACUCGUUGCAAAGAAAACGAAAUACUUAGGAGGAUGCCAUUGAUUUAGGAAAAUACAUCAGACUGUAAAUGGCAUCCCAAACCAAUUGAGGACAGACCAAUUAAAAGUUGUGGUGCAUCGUGCGACAACUUGUUCCGAUAUGCUCACACUUUUCAAAGAUCCAGAAAUCAUUGAUUGCUUCAUUUUUGCCACCGUGAUAGACAUAAGAGGAAAAGAAGAAGCUGGUGAAGGAAGUUGUGUCAUGAAAGAUAUUCUUACCCAGUUUUGGCUUGAAACAUACCAUAUCUUCACGACUGGUGCAAAGUGUAAGUUUCACUGAAGAAUUGGGUACAACGAUAUUGUUAUUUAAAAUGACAUCCAGAACUGGCCCAUCAUAGUCAACUCCAUAUUCCUCGACAUUAACGAGUAGAGAAUCAUCUGUUAAAGAGGACGACGUCGGCUCGUAUUUCUCAAAAAUACUAAUGAGGUGCUUUCUUGCUGAGGGUGUGGUAUCCGAGCACUCACUAUUUCUGGCUACUGCUGACGAAAAUCCAACAGAAAUGUGGAAGAACUUGCCUCGUGCUGUGAACGACGUCAACUAUGAGAAAAAUAAUGAAGGAAAACUGAAUUCAUCACAAGAGGAAGAAUUUGCGGGCAUGAAAAUAGCAUGGCGGUAUGAAAACAUGUCUAAAGUCGACUUGAGUCCGGCUCCUACCAAAUUUGGUCACUUUUUUGAUUUUAUCCAACGUUUUGAUGAGACUAGAAUUGACAAACUAAAAAAAUAUGGAUUCUGUGCAAGAGAUCAAUGGUUUGACUUUGAUAAAGAGCAGACUUCUGAGAAGCGGUCAUUGUUAAAUCCAUUUUACAAAUCUCUCCUGGAUAAGUUGUGUGCCAUAAUUCAAGAAAACGGCCAUUGUUCGUCAAAUACAGAGAUUAAAGAUGAAACAAUUUUAAGAGUAGCAAUCCCUUCGAUGGAUGCAGAUCUGUGGUGUUACGGAGAUGGCGAUGACACUUCCCUGCCGAUGUUUCUGUAUUAUCUAAGGGGUGUCGUCAGAUCUUCAUAUUCUGCAUGCUUUGUCACGAUCCCUUCGCAUGUUUAUCAGGACACAACAUUUGCUUCUCGCAUCGAAAGGCUGUGUGACGUUGUUAUAAAGUUAGAAUCCUUUUCAGGCUCAGAGAAAGAGACCAACCCGAUGUUCAAAGACUAUCAUGGUUUGUUCUACAUAGUUCGAUUAUCUCGGCUGAAUUCUCUCACGCGUUUUAUGCCAGAGACGAUGGAUUUUGGUUUUAAACUUCGUCGAAGAAAAUUUAUCAUCGAGAAGUUACAUCUUCCUCCGAGCAUUAAUGAGACCGAAGAAGAUAAAAAAAAUGAUUUUAACCAUUCAAACAAUUUAUCUUAUGGCACUGGAUCCACUUUGGGUGGUUGUAAAUUGAAUUUCUAAACUUCAACGCUGUCAAUUUAUUGUUACAUGUUGUGAGUUAUUAGCAAUAUCUCUGUAACGUCUGGAAGAUGUGACAUGACAGUAUAACAUACCGUA